CAGUGGCCAAAACGACUCAAAAAUUGACAUUUUUGGAAAAAUCUUUUUUUACGGGUUAAAUCCCAUUUAAAAUUGAAGGGCGGAGCGCCAGCUCCUGUUACGUCCAAUCGAGCUCAUAUUUGGGAUUUGGGCUCAGUAUGCCCACCGGAACAAACCCCUGAAUGCCCGCCAAAAAGUCAUUUUUGUUACACUCUAAUGCAUAGUUCAAAAAUUCGUAAAGCAAAAAUCGCGAUAUUCACGAUUUCAUGGUACGAUUUGCAUGAUUUCCGGAACACUUUUUUUCUGGUGAGGUGUCAAACCAGAAAAACGAAAAAUGUCGCGCGUUACGAAAAUGUAGCAUGCUUGGUACUGGGGAAGGGGUCUGCCACGCAACAAGGCACAAAGGUGCAACAUUCUCGCGUGACAGUUCCAAGAAAGCAGGAGACGAGGCAAAAUUUGCACCAUGUUGCCACAUUUCAUGCGAACUAUAUAAGCUAACAGAUAGCCUCUGAACAAUUUUAGUUUUGACCGAUAUGGGUAUCAAAAUUCAUGGUUUUUGAUACUGGUAAUGAAAAUGGCCAUUUUGACAGGAUUGGCCACACCCGGAGUUGCCAGUGCCCUGGGGAAGGUUCUACCAUGGUACAUUUAUCGAACCAUACGACUUGGGGCAAUAUGGGUAUCAAAAUUCAUGGUUUUUGAUACUGGCAAUGAAAAUGGCCAUUUUGACAGAAUUGGCCACACCCGGAAUGGACAGUGCCCUGGGGAAGGUUAUCCCGGGAGGAUAUUUACGGAACCAUACAAAUUGGGGCAAUAUGGGUAUCAAAAUUCAUGGUUUUUGAUACUGUCCCAAUUUGUAUGGUUCGAUAAAUGUCCCCGGUAGAACUUUCCCUCAGGGAAAGGCCACAGUGUUCGGAAUGGCAACAUUAAGUGGAAUAAAUUGAUAACUCCUUUAUUUGACGUCCUAGCCAAAUGAUGUCUUCGGAAGAGUUGUUGUACUUGAUAAGGGCUAUAAAUAAAUAAAUAAAAAUACUAUGUUCUGAAGAGUUGUUUAUGACAUAAAGUUACACAUCUUUGCCGAAGACAAACAUGUUCUGAGCCUUUAUUGAGGAGUUAUAACCAUUUUUAUGUGAUUUUGAGCCUAUUUUCAAGUUGCAAUGUUUUCAAAAUGGCGCAUUUUGGCGCAAAUCCGAACAUGCACUUUCAACUACAUUUCAUGAAAAUAUCUCCGUGUCUAUCGGUGUCUAUUUAUAGAUACACUCAAAAAAAUGAGUUCGCGUAAACGGGAACAGAGUUCAUGCCAACGGGAACCAGGAAGAAAACUGUUCACUUUCAUGGUGCAAUGCAUUAUAAAAGUUGAACAGUUUUCUUCCUGGCUUCCGUUGGCAUGAACUCUUUUCACGUUUACGCAAAAUUAUGUUUUUGACUGUAUCUCAAUUUGAAUUUAUUUAUAAUUUUUAAGCGGAAUCAUAUUGAAAACGUGGUAAUAAUCGGUAAAUUGAUCGAUUUUUAUGGAAAAUACACUGUUCAUGCUUAAAAUUAUGAUACACAUUUUAACACUGGAACGCCCAACGCAUGUCCAACUUACACGGACGCCCAAGCCUCCCAAAAAAGGUGGAACGGUAACUUCAGCUCGCUGGUUCUCGGGCAUUACUCAACCAAUCGGGACGAUUCUUGUUUCCAGUGAUUUGUAAGAAUGUCUAGAUGAUUCUAAAAUUUUGCAGAACUUGGUUUGAACAAAUCUGUAAUUUCUGCGACCGAAAACAUCGUUUCACCUUUUUUUAAAAUGACUGCCUCCGCGGAAUUUUUGGCGAUUUUUUUUUACACGCGAAAAAAAAAGUUGGAACGAUGUUUUUGAUCGCAUAAAUUACAGAAUUGAUCAAAUUAAGUUCUGCAAAGUUUUAGAAUCAUCUAGACAUCCUAACAAAUCACUGGAAAGAAGAAUCAUAUUGAUUGGUUGAGUUAUGCCCGAGAACCAGCGAGUUGAAGUUACCGUUCCAACUUUUUUGGAGCCUUGGGCGUUGGAAUGUUAAUAUUAUAAAUGAAAACAUGUUUAGCCCAAAAAUAAUGUAGGUUCCCAUUCUAAUCACUCUAAGCAUUUCGACCCAUUCUCAUCACUUUUGCAGUUUCCGCUAUUAAAUCAACAUUUUUAGUUACAUAAACAAUGGAGAGUUGCUUGCUCACUUUUAUUUGAGCUAUUUGUUACUUUGGAACAGUCAAAAACACUUUAUGAAAGCUGUAAUUCAUAAUCAAAGUGCUGAUAGGCCGAUAAUAGAAAUAGGCUGAAAAAUGGUAUAGUUCCCCUAAGUGAAUUUUUUUAAUAAUUGUUCGUAUUUAAAAUUAAGUAUUUCCUUUUAUAUUUGGUCACUCUGGAAAGGUUGUCGUAUGUUUUCAUAGACAAAGUAAUUUCCAUAAAAAUCGAUUAAUUUACCCUUCAAUUUACCGAUUUUCACCUUGUAUUCAUUAUAAUUUCGAAUAACAUUUAUAAAUAAAUUGAUUAAAAAUCGUAAAAAUCACAUUGAGAUAUAAAAUAGAAACCAAUAAACACGGAGAUAUUUUCAGGAAAUGUAGUUGAAAGUGUGCACUUUCAGGUGCAUUGUUCGGUUUUGCGCCAAAAUGCGCCAUUUUGAAAACAAAGCAACUUGAAAAUAGGCUCAAGAUCACUUUAAAAUGGUUAUAACUCCACAAUAAAGGCUUAAAACAAUUUGCUGUCUUCGGCAAAGAUGUGUAAUUUGAGCAUGAACAUGAGCAUGAGCAUGGUUGACUGCCAAUGAGCUGCUACUCCGAUAUUGACGGAUCAGCUGAAGUUACACAAUGAACCAACAGAUGAGUAGUGGGAGCUAAUCAUCCUCACUGUAUAACUCCUGAAGAUCUCUGCUUUAAGUCAAUACCUUCUAGCACUUUCUCGCGGAUUUUCAAACCGAUCUCCCCCACGAACACCACACGACUGAGGGCCAAACUCCCAAGGCCACGACGCGACACAAUUUUUCAAUAAAUUCCAGAAUCUUCUAGCAAUUUCUCGCGGAUUCUCGCGCGUCGAUUCUCCAACCGAUCUCCCCCACGAACACCACACGACUGAGGGCUGUCGUGAUCGGGGACUUUCUUUUAUAAUAAAAACACAGAUAUUUUGCAAUUAACAAACAACACGUCUUAUUCCACAGAAAUUAACCACAAAACUGAUUUGACAAUCUUCAUUCUCUCUUUCGCCGGCCGCGCGCAUCUCGUUGUUUUCUCGCUCGUUGUUCUCUCUCGCAGCUCGCUAGCGCGCUCUCGCACUCAAUCCACAAUUAGCUAAAAAGGCAAUAUUCAUGAAGGUGCGCACUUUUUGUUGCGCUCUUAACUCUUAUUUAUGAAUUAUAUCAAUCUUAUAAUAAAUACUCAUUUAAUAAUUUAUUACAUAUUCAAUCCUGCAACCCAUAAUCCUUACAUUCUCCCUCUUUUCUACUCUCAAGAUGACGAAUAUCAAUCAUAAUUCCUAACAGAAAAAUUGCAUGAAUGCUAAAUCAAUCUAUUUUUUUUUUCAAUUUCCUAAAAAAUUUUCGUCGGGUUCCUCGACUUUGUUUUCAUGCUGAUCUAAAUACGAAAGCGCAGUCUUCGAAAUGUUUCAUCUAUGUUGUCCAAGAGACUGACAUCCGAUCGCAGGAGUUGUAGAAAAUGGAAUGCGCUGAUGAGGUAGAAAAUUUAAAACACCUGAAAAUAUUAGAAAUAGAAAAAAAAAACGAGGAGAAAAACAAAAACCACAAAUAUUUCUCAAAUAAACGCAGGUUUAUCAAUUUUUGACAAAGGACUUUGUCUUAAAGCUCUAUCUGCGGUGUCAAUGCAAAAUUUUUCGAAAAUGUAGCGUUACCGUCGCAUGCCCUCGGCGUGACAUUCUUUGUUUGUUGCGUGGAUGCCGUGCCAACUAUUUAAGCUAAAAGUUAGCCUCUGGAGGAUUUAGUGUCCAUCAGACUUUCAUCAAAGACGGACCUUACGUUGGGAAUUUUAUUGCUCACACACACACGCACACGUUGAAAGAAACAGGUGGUGCACGAACUUGAGAGGAGGUCCAAGAUGUUAUUGACGGUUGCCAGAACGGUCACCGGAAUAUCGAAAUGAUUGGGAACAAUUUGGUAGGAUAUUGGCCACACCCGGAGUGGCCAUUGCCCUGAGGGAAGGUUCUACCGGGGACAUUUAUCGAACCAUACGACUUGAGGCAAUAUGGGUAUCAAAAUUCAUGGUUUUUGAUACUGGUAAUGAAAAUGGCCAUUUUGGCAGGAUUGGCCACACCCGGAGUGGCCAUUGCCCUGCGGAAGGUUCUACCGGGAGGACAUUUACGGAACCAUACAAAUUUGGGCAAUAUGGGUAUCAAAAUUCAUGGUUUUUGAUACUGGUAAUGAAAAUGGACAUUUUGGCAGGAUUGGCCACAUCCGGAGUGGCCAUUGCCCUGAGGGAAGGUUCUACCGGGAGGACAUUUACGGAACCAUACAAAUUUGGGCAAUAUGGGUAUCAAAAUUCAUGGUUUUACUGAGGGGAAAUGAUCACUACUGGUAAUAAAAAUUGCCAUUUUGGCAGGAUUGGCCACACCCGGAGUGGCCAUUGCCCUGAGGGAAGGUUCUGAAGUAGUUCCUACCGGACAACCACUUUGGGUGUGGCCAAUCCUGUCAAAAUGGCAAUUUUCAUUACCAGUAUCAAUAACCAUGAAUUUUGAUACCAAUAUUGCCCAAAUUUGUAUGGUUCCGUAAAUAUCCUCCCGGUAGAACCUUCCCUCAGGGCAAUGUCCACUCCGGGUGUGGCCAAUCCUGCCAAAAUGGCCAUUUUCAUUACCAGUAUCAAAAACCAUGAAUUUUGAUACCCAUAUUGCCUCAAGUCGUAUGGUUCGAUAAAUGUCCCCGGUAGAACCUUCCCUCAGGGCAAUGGCCACUCCGGGUGUGGCCAAUAUCCUACCAGUUUGGUCCCAACUCCAUUGCCCCAAAUCAUUCUGGUUUGCGGGUAGCCGUCCUAACAAUCUUCAUUAGAACAGAAUUCCUCCCAAAUUGGUGCACAACCUGUGUCUUUCAAUGUGUGCAUGUGUGUGUGUGUUUGUGUGUGAGCAAUAAAAUUACCACCGUCGAUCCGUCUCUGACGGAUUUUCAGUCAAAACUAAAAUUGUUCAGAGGAUAUCUGUUAGCUUAUAUAGUUUGCAUGAAAUGCGGCAACAUGGCGCAAAUUUUGCCUCGUCUCCUGCUUUCAUAUAACUGUCACGCGAGAAUGUUGCACAACUGUUGCCAUAUUUUUUGCGAACUAUAUAAGCUAACAGAUAGCCUCUGAACAAUUUAGUUUUGACUGGAAAUCCGUCAGAGACGGAUCGACGGUGGUAAUUUUAUUGCUCACACACACACAUGCACCCAUUGAAAGACACAGGUUGUUCGGCCAAUGCCGAAGUUUUCAACCAGAUUUGCGCAAAUUUCUCUCAGUGUGCGUAACCCACCCCUGCAGCGCUGACAGGCCGGCGCUGCCAACUUCGACAGUCGAAAACAACGGCGCGACAACGAGAGUUCGCGCGCAAACAAGCAAGUCGCCAAGAGGAACGCGAAGCGUGAAGACGUAACUUGUAGAUAGAUCGGAGAAUAGAGAAAGUUUUCGUAGUUUUUAGUGAACUUCACCGUGUUUUAUUCCUCCGAAAUCGUACCCCAAAAAUCCGCGAGUGUUACAGUCCGCUCGAUCGAAGAUACGCCGCAACAUUUGGUCCAUUCGAACCGGACAAAAGACGGUAGCCUACGGAUCGGAAAAGUUCGCGAGUGAAGUGAGAGGUGGCGGAAGGCCAACCGGAUGGACGCCAUUUUGUGCUAACUCGUUUCCGCAAAAAAGGUUCGAAAUCGCGACGGAUUCGAACUUACCGCGUUCCUCCGGAUGAGGAUAAGAGCUUCCUCCAUCCCGCGACCGUUUCGAGUGUUCCGUGCCGUGUUUGUGUCCUGCAGAACGACGGAACGGUAACGCUGACGGAAGGUCAACGGACCACGUUGGGCGGAAGAAAGUGGCCCGAUUGCCACCGGCUGAAGCCAUCUUGAAAAGAACAAAAGUGUUUGUGUGAACUCUCGACAAAAAGGAGGCACGCGCCACCAUUUGUCCCGGAAAAAAACGUGUGUUUGUGUGUGCGCAAGGCAAGGAGCAGGCAAGGGCUGCCAUCUUGCCGCAGAAAGAGUGCGCAACAGUGAACCGAAAAAGAUCAGAUUCGAGAACAUUCCGGAAGGCGACUCCGUGGCCUAGAAACGGCGGAAACAGUGGCGGCAAGAGACCGCAAAAGAAAAUGUUCGCUUAAAAACCUGUGCGUGUGAGUGUGUGUGGUGAGCGUAGCGACGCCAUUUUGUGUAGUUCCCAAGCGUGGAACAUUCCAGUUCGCAGCACCGCUGCGGAUUUGGCAGUCGCUCCAGCUGCACACGGAAAGAAGAUCGGAACGCGACCCGCUGCAAGCGUCAGUGGGACGGUUCGCAAAUCCAGCUGCGUCGAGGCCACUGCGCUGACGGAAAGGGCCUGCUGCAAGCGCCAGUAGGAAGGUUCCGGAAGGUGUGGCUGCGACGAGGCAUCCCGAAGAGAAGUGUUUCGCUGAAGAGCCAGUGUGACACCCCGACCAAAGUGAUUCUUGCUGCAAGCGCAGAAGAACCCCGAGAAGAAAAAAGUGUCUCGCUUACAAGCAAGUGUGACACCCCGAUCAGAAGUGUUUUUGCUGCAAGCGCAAAUCCCGAAGAAAAAGUGUGCGAGUUGACCUGCUGCAAGAGCCAGCAAAAUUCUGCAGAAUCCAUUGACCGAACGCUGCCGCUGCUGUGUCGCCACGAGCGCGACCACGGCGGAGUAACCGAUUCCCGAGAGACCUGAUCAGCCCAGUUAAGAUGAACUCAGCCGAACAACCGUGGUCCGCAAAGCGCUUGGCCAACAAGCGACGCCAGGUCAAGGGUAAGAUCCUGCUACUCAAAAGCAGACUUACCGAACUGGAUGAAGAUCAUCAACUGCCAUCCUUGCCAGAGUUCCGGGUGUUCGCGAAGAACAUAGAGCGGUACUACGGUGAGUUAGAUCAAAUGCUGCAAAAUGUUGAGGAGAGUGAUCUUUUUGCCGAUGAACGAGACGCCCACGACAUGGAGUGCGCGGCGAUUGAGGGGCUACUCCAAGGAGUCAAUCUGAAGAUCGUAGCCCUCAGUAACGCACUGCUUUCCCAACCCGUUCAAGUCACUGUCCUUCAGCAGUGCCAGCACCAGCCACCAGUCAGUACCGGAAAUGAACCCGCCGAUCCAGCUGUAGCAGCCCCCAAGGUAUGUGCACCACUCGAACCCAUCUCGAACCCACCCAUCACAACCAAAGAUCAUGAUCAGCAGUUGCUCACGCGGUGUGACGGACACCACUUGAAUACAGUCUGCUUCACGGACAGUGAAGUAACGCGCGUUCUUAGUCAAGAGACAAACCCCAAUCCGAUCGAACCCCAGAUCAUGCCAGUAAGAUCCCUCCAACAAGAGAAACCCUUCGCAGAGCAUAAAGAGAUACAACCGCCCGCCGAACCUGAAAUGGUUCGACACGGCGCCUCGGCAAGAAUUCGAGGUGACGUCGACAUGUCCGGCGAUUCAGGCGUACCUCCUACGCUGCGGUCAGAAGAGCGGAUCCACGGUGACCUCGACGUUGGCUGGUGUCAGCCAGUGGAACUUGGCCCACUGCUACCAGCCUCCGCAGAACGAGAAGAUGCCGAGUCCGAUGACCCGCAAGCUGUUUCAAGGCCGGAGACAGCUGGACUGGUCGACGAAGACCGCGAUAUUACCAUGAACCAAGCAGUGAAGGACGAGGAAGCUCACUCCCUGCAGUCAGCCGGAGCCGGCGAAGUGAACGUCGAGGAUCGUUCGCUUCCGAGCAGUGCACAGCCUGUUUGCACAGCACCAGCCAUCCAAGAGGAGGCAGCCACGAAGCCAAGCCACGAGAGUAAGAUGUACAGCUGCCAGCUGUUCAACGCCAACGUCGCACGUUCAACCGACCGUGACCGUGCAGCCGAAAAGUUAGCAGAGAAGCUGCUGCAGUCUGUAAUCUUAACCAGCAUCGAGAAGCAGUUCCGUUUGGUUUGGGACCCGGGAGUGCAGCCGAGCUCUGCUUCCAGCUCAACCACUCAACUGACCGAAGAACACCACUAGAUGACAGCAAGUUCGGGACGAAGCAUGCGCAUCUGGUCCGAGAGCAUGAAAUACCAACAAACUCCAGCGUGGUCAGCGGCCGAUUCUCUUCUAGCGGGUUAGAUUUUAGAAGUCGAGCCUUCAACCCGGGGGGAGAAUGUUCGGCCAAUGCCGAAGUUUUCAACCAGAUUUGCGCAAUUUUCUCUCAGUGUGCGUAACCCACCCCUGCAGCGCUGACAGGCCGGCGCUGCCAACUUUGACAGUCGAAAACAACGGCGCGACAACGAGAGUUCGCGCGCAAACAAGCAAGUCGCCAAGAGGAACGCGAAGCGUGAAGACGUAACUUGUAGAUAGAUCGGAGAAUAGAGAAAGUUUUCGUAGUUUUUAGUGAACUUCACCGUGUUUUAUUCCUCCGAAAUCGUACCCCAAAAAUCCGCGAGUGUUACAGUCCGCUCGAUCGAAGAUACGCCGCAACACAGGUUGUGCACCAACUUGGGAGGAAUUCUGUUCUAAUGAAUGAUUUGGGGCAAUGGAGUUGGGAUCAAACUGGUAGGAUAUUGGCCACACCCGGAGUGGCCAUUGCCCUGAGGGAAGGUUCUACCGGGGA